AUGGUAGAGGGCAUCGGUGCUCCGAGCAACACCCUCAAUUUUUGCUACUCAGCCUCAGCCCUCAACAAGAGCAGGAAGAUAGAUAUGCGAGCCUUGUGUCGAAGUGCUGCUCUUCUUUUCUUGGUCGCUGCUAGCGUUUUCGCCGCUGAAGACGGUGUCAUCGCCGAAGCCGGUAAGAAGACCCAGGAUGUCGUCGACACCGCUGGCGAGAAAAUUUCCGGCGCUGCAGAGAAAAUCAAAAACGCAGCAGUAGAGGGCUGGAAUAAGGGCACCGGAGCCGCUGAGGAGACCUAUAAUGCUGCCGGAGAAAAGAUCGAACAGGGCAAGGACGCUGCUGCGAAUGCUUGGGAGCAAGGAAAAGAAGGUGUCAAAAAUACAGCUAAUGCAGCCGGAAAUACUGCUAAGGAUGCCGCUAAUGCAGCCGGCAAUAAGUUCGAGCAAGGCAAGAACGCUGCUGCGAACACAUACGAGCAAGGAAAACAAGGAGUCAAGGAUGCAGCUAAUGCAGCCGGCGACAAGAUCGAGCAAGGAAAGCAAGGUGUUAAGGAUGCCGCCAAUGCAGCCGGCGACAAACUCGAGCAAGGAAAACAAGGAGUCCAAGAUGCCGCCAGUGCAGCCGGCGAAAAGCUCGAGCAGGGCAAAAAUGCGGCCCAAAACGCUUACCAGCAGGGUAAAAACCAGGCUAACCAGAAGAUGCAACAGGGUAAGAACGCCGCUUCAAACGCUUACAAUGAGGGUAAGCACGCCAUGCAACAUCACAAUGCCGGCCAAAAGAAAGAUGAUGGACCAGUGUUGAUGGAUAUGGGAGGAAAAGUACCCGGCUCCUCUGGCUCUCCCAAUACUGGAGCUGGAUCCGGCGGGUCCGGUGGGUCCGGCAGGUCUGGCGCAUCCGGUGGCUCCGGCGGCUCUAGCGGGUCUGGCGCAUCCGGCGGGUCCGGCGGGUCUGGCAGUAGGAUCCAAGCCGGCCAGGGUAAGGAAAUGAUCCACCAUCCCAAGAACACCAGUCCUGGAGACCGCAAAGAUUUCAAGCAGUACAACAAGGACGGUAUUGUCAACGUAUUCCACGAAUCUCGAGGAGAAGCCGAAGCUAAGGUUGAUCCCAACAGAGACUAUGCGACACAAACGAUAAUCAAGGACGUCAAAGUAGUAAAAGGAACCCAACAGUGA